AUGGUGGGCAUGUCCAUGGGAGCGCCGAAAGGCAACAGCGCGGUUGCUCGCGAGGAAGCGCCUGAGUUUGAGAAGGUUAUCUGGUACAAGGACCCAAACAUGCGAAAGCUGUUCUGGCACUCUUCAGUCCUUUGCAUUGCCUCUGCAACUACUGGUUACGACGGCAUGAUGAUGAACUCUUCGCAACAGAUGAACUACUGGCAGACUUACUUCGACGAGCCCUCCGGUAACCGACUGGGUCUCAUGAACAACAUGUACAACAUCGGUUCGAUCGUUAGUUUCUUCCUUGUCCCGUUCCUCACCCAGUGGACCGGUCGCAAGAUUCCAAUCGCCGUCGGUUGCUCCAUCAUGAUUGCUGGUGCUCUUGUCUCGACCUUUUCUACGAACUGGCAGAUCUACAUGGGUGGCAGGUUUAUCCUUGGGUUCGGUAACUCUUUCGCCCAAAUGUGCUCGCCCAUUCUCCUCACCGAGAUCUGCCAUCCCCAGCACCGUGGUAUCUUCACCGCAGUAUACAACUGCUUGUGGAACUUGGGAGCGCUUUUCGUCGCAUGGAUCGCAUGGGGUACAUCUCAAGCGAGCAACGAUUGGUCUUGGAGGUCUAUCACCCUUCUUCAAGCCCUUCCUUCAUUCCUUCAACUGUGCUUUCUUUGGUGGGUUCCUGAGAGUCCUCGUUGGUUGAUCUCCAAGGAACGCUACGAGGAGGCUCUAGACACUCUCGCGUACUACCAUGCCGGUGGCGACAAGAACAAUCAGA